CAUAAAUUUCAUCAAAUCUUGCUUGAAAAUAAAUCCAUUAAUUAACCUAAUUGAGAUUCUUAUAGCAAGUUUUGCAUAUAUAUAUAGAAUAUGAGAGAAACCUCAUUUUCCUUUCUUCUUUUUCUUGGGCUCAUUCUAUUAACACUUUUUGGCCAUUGUUAUGGACAACUCAAAGUAGGGUUUUAUGAAGGUAAAUGUGGGAAAAAUGACGUCGAAAAAGUCAUUCAUGAAGUGGUGAAGAAGAAGAUUACGAAAGACCCAGAUACGGUGUCUGAUCUUGUUCGUCUAUCAUUCCAUGAUUGUUUUGUUAGGGGUUGUGAUGGAUCAAUAUUACUCGAUGGAGCUAAUACAGAGCAAAAAGCACCAAUAAAUCUAGCACUUGGAGGCUUUGAAGUUGUUAAGGAUAUUAAGGAAGCUAUUGAAAAAGCAUGCCCAGGAGUUGUAUCUUGUACUGAUGUUAUUGUAAUAGGUGCUAGAUCUGCAAUAUCCUUGGCAGGAGGAAAAUGGUUCGAGGUAGAAACUGGAAGAAGAGAUGGAGUUGUGUCACUAAAAAGUGAAGCACAAGCAAACAUCCCUCCACCAACAAUGCCGGUUUCUCAAGCAAUUCAAUUGUUUGCCAAGAAAGGGCUCAACAAGGAUGAUUUUGUUGUUCUUUUAGGUGGACAUACUGUUGGAACUUCAAAAUGUCACUCAUUCAAAGAACGUCUAUAUAAUUUCCGCAACACCAAAAAACCAGACCCAACUAUUAGUUCAUCUUUACUUCCACUAUUAAAAAAGACAUGUCCUCUUAACAGCAAAAUUGACAAUGAAACAUUCCUUGAUCAAACUCCAAACAGCCAUUUCAAGAUUGACAAUGCCUACUACAAGCAAAUUCUUGCACAUAAUGGCGUUUUGGAGAUAGAUUCGAACCUAGCGUCGAAUCCAGGAACUAGAGGACUAGUUAAGGGACUAGCAUAUAAUCCUAACAAGUUUCUGAACCAAUUUGGUCCAGCCAUGGUCAAGAUGGCUAGAAUUGGAGUCCUCACAGGUUGCCAUGGGGAGAUAAGGAAAACUUGUAGUUCUGUUAAUUAGAGUAUCUCGUAAUUUAAUUUAAUACUAGUCUUAAUUAUAUGCACACGAUAAGUACGUUAAUUUUAAAAUAUAGUGUCUUGUAUCUAUUUUAGAAUGAAAAGUUGAAAUGAGAAAGAGUUCUUAAGGGACUGUUCGGCAUCACUGUAAGUUUUCAGUUUUUGGUUUUAUGAAUAUAAAAGUCAUAUGAUAUAAGGGGAUAUGAAAUUUAAAAUUAGUUAUACUUAUACUAAACACGUCAAUUUUAAAAACUGAUGACAACUAAAAACUGGAAACUACUUUUUCUGGUUUCUAUAUUUUGUUUUUGGUUUUUAAAAAAAAACUGAAAACUGAAAACAGAAAACGAUAACGAACGAUCCCUAAAUCAUUUCUUUUGUAGUUUUUUUAUUACGUUGAAUCAUUAAAGAUAUUUUAGUAUUUUUAAACGAA